AUGCCUAACAAAACUAAAAAAGAAAAGCAGACACCGGCCAAGACGACAAGUAGUACCAAAACAAGUGGGAAAGAAACAACAGAGAACGCUGAAAAUGAGAAUGCGAAAAAGAAAAGUUCGGUAAAUGCUGAAAAUCAUCCGCCUACCACACAGUUGACAAAAAUCAAGUACUCAGGUCCUACACACAUAAAGAAGGAUAAACGCCAGAAUUCUUCAAGAUUCAAUGUUUCUAAGAACAGAGAGCUACAGAAAUUAACACCAAUGAAAGAUGCUCCUGCAAAUGAACGUGAACAACUUUUUAUUCAGAAGAUUCAGCAAUGUGGCGUGUUAUUCGACUUUGUGCAGGAUCCACUCAGUGACUUGAAAUGGAAAGAGGUAAAAAGAGCAGCUCUAAAUGAAAUGGUUGAAUAUGUCUCCCAAAACAGAGGAAUAUUGACAGAACAUAUAUAUCCUGAAGCAAUACAAAUGUUUGCUGGAAACCUAUUCAGAACAUUACCACCCUCAUCAAAUCCUAGUGGUGCCGAGUUUGAUCCUGAGGAAGAUGAACCAACCUUAGAGGCAGCUUGGCCACACUUACAGCUUGUAUAUGAGUUUUUCCUGCGGUUCUUGGAAUCUCCUGAUUUUUCUUCAAAUACAGCAAAGAGGUAUAUAGACCAGAAAUUUGUAUUACAGCUACUGGAGCUUUUUGAUAGUGAAGACCCAAGAGAAAGAGACUUUCUAAAGACCAUACUCCAUAGAAUAUAUGGAAAAUUUCUUGGUCUCCGGGCAUAUAUCAGGAAACAAAUAAAUAAUAUAUUUUAUAGGUUUAUUUAUGAAACAGAACACCAUAAUGGUAUAGCAGAAUUGUUAGAAAUCUUGGGAAGUAUUAUUAAUGGAUUUGCUUUGCCAUUGAAAGAAGAGCAUAAAGUAUUCCUACUAAAAGUAUUAUUACCUCUUCACAAAGUCAAAUCUUUGAGUGUGUACCACCCUCAGCUAGCAUACUGUGUGGUCCAAUUUCUUGAAAAAGAUCCUAGUUUAACAGAACCGGUGAUAAUGACAUUAUUGAAAUUUUGGCCUAAAGUCCAUAGCCCAAAGGAGGUGAUGUUUUUAAAUGAAUUGGAAGAAAUCUUGGAUGUGAUAGAACCAGCAGAGUUUGUCAAAGUAGUGCGGCCACUGUUCAGACAAUUAUCUAAAUGUGUUUCCAGCCCACAUUUCCAAGUUGCGGAGAGAGCCUUGUAUUUUUGGAACAAUGAAUACAUCCUGAGCUUAAUAAGUGAGAAUGUGGCUAUUAUUCUCCCGAUAAUGUUUCCGGCAUUGUACAUGAGUAAAGAACAUUGGAAUAAGACAAUUCAUGGCUUAAUAUACAAUGCUUUGAAAUUAUUUAUGGAGAUGAAUCAGAAGUUAUUUGAUGAUUGUACCAUGCAAUACAAAGCAGAACGACAAAGAGAGAAAGAGAGGAACAAACAAAGAGAUGAUGCAUGGAACAAGGUCCAAAAUUUAGCCAUGACAAAUCCAAAGUUUAAAACCAUAUCCCUGCUCAAGUCACCCACUGACUCCGUACCACGUGCUCCUGAAAAUAACCGGCAUAAUAACUCUAAUAGUGUUACAGAUGAAGAGGGAGAUGUGGUAGCCAGUUUAGACAGACUAGAAUCUGAAGCUAAGGAGCUGCAGAAGAAGAAAGGAAAAGAAAAACCAUUACUACGAAGGAAAUCAGAACUGCCACAUGACAUGACAACAUUAAAAGCAUUGGAAACUCACAAGCGACCCGAAGAAUUUUUGAGUUCAGCAUCUGAACAACAAGCUGCUAACUGA